AUGGCCGAGCGGCUCCCGACGUCCUCCACCUACGGUGCCGAGGAGGUCCUGGAGGUGCGGGAAGCGGAGCCAACGACGUCGGCCUACCGGAGAGCAGAGGCAGAUGCUACGCAGCGAUCCAGUUACGACAAGGCUGUCCUAAGGACGCUCUAUUACCAUAACUGGUACACAGGUCGAAGUGCAGAAUGUCCAACAGCGAUAUCUAGCUGUUCUCGCUUCUUCUUGAGCCAUGCCUUUUGGGUUGGCAUCGCCGGCUUCGGGGAUGCGGAGCGACCGCGGCUUCGGGAGACAGCCUUGGAGGUGGCCUUGACUCCCUCGGAGGUGCUGGCCUUCGAUGCUGCGGCAGCAACGCAGAAUGCCCUCUAUACCUACGGCACAAUGCCGCAGGAAGUCGUGCAGAAAUUGGCGUCGAAUUGGACGACCGAGUGUGACAUAAAGGGGAAACUCAUCAUUGGUGUGUCAGUGCUGAGCAACGCUGAUCAUCCGGUGCCAUGCCCUUCGGACUUGCGCUACCAAGAGGUCGAAAGAGUGGUUCCGAGACUCAUGCCUGGCAGUGCGUAUACGCAAUCUUGGUUCUUUGUCUUCUACUACGACUUGCGACCGUUCGUGCAAGCAGAGGCGGCUUUUAGCAUUGCGACGACUGUUUUUAUAUGCGUCAUCUUGUGCAUCGCCUCCAUUAUGUUUACUAGCACUGCAAAUGCCCUCGUUCUGGCGCCAGUGGAGAAGAUGAUGCGGAAGGUUGAGGCCAUCCGGUCGAACCCGCUGGCUGCCACAAAGCUGGCAGACGACGAGUUCCAGCGAGAGGCGCAGAGACGAGUCGCUGAGGGCGAAAAGGGAGCGGGAAAGGAGGAAGAAGGCCGAGCAGAGCAGCUCGCGCUGGAAGCAUUACGGCUGGAUCGUCAUUGGUGCCCACAAAGAUAUCCCACAAAGGUCUUCAACGGAAUAAUUCAUGAGACUCCGAAGUUGCUGGCACUGCCUCGGCGAUCGUGCGUUGCGGCCAGCUGCCAGGAGUUUCUUACGCAGCACAUCCGGGGCAUCAUCGGCUUCUACCAGCCAAGGCUCAGUAGCCUCGUCCUCUUGUCCUUGCCAUGCUGCGCGUCUCGUUGCCGGAGGGCCGUGGACCCAAGCGGUGGGUUCUUUCAGAGCUUCUACAUCGAUGGCAGGAAAUUCAAUCCGGAGUUCCGACAGAUCGUGUCCAGUUCUCGCAUGGUGAUCAACUUCAUGCUUGCGGGCAAGCUUCUGCAGGACCCAAAGCUGCUAGAUAUCGGCCGCCAUGGCCUCGAGUACAUCGAAAAGGUGCACUACAAUCCAGCGAAGCAGAGCUAUGCUUUCACUGUGCGAAACCACAAACCCGAGGACAUGGUGGAGCAGGCUUACGGCUAUGCUUUCAUCCUCGCAGCUCACGCUGCAGCGCGUGCAGCCGGAGUUGCCAAAGACAAUGUGGAGGUAGGCCGAGUGUUCGACCUGCUGGAGCGCAAGUUUUGGCUCCCCGACAAGGGAGCAUACCUGGACACGAUCAGUGCGGAAGGUGUGGUUGACAACAGUUAUCGGGGCCAGAACUCGAACAUGCACAUGUGCGAGGCGCUGAUCGCUGCCUACGAGGCAACGAAGGAGACGCGUUACUUGGAUCGCGCCGAAGUUCUCGCCGAGACCUUUGCGGCGACACCUGUCCCGAGUUUGGAUCAACCCAACUACGGCGGAGGCUUUGUUUGGGAGCACUACGACGUGAACUUCGAGAUCGAUUGGGAGUACAACAAGAAUGACCCGACCAACAUCUAUCGACCUUGGGGCUUCCAGCCUGGGCAUCAGAUCGAGUGGGCAAAGAACCUUCUGAACAUCUAUCGCCACAGACCCAAGUUCUGGAUGGUCAACCGUGCGAAGGAGCUCUUCGACGGAUCCUGGGACUUGUCCUGGGAUGAUUGUCACGGCGGCCUUGUUUAUGGCUUUGGACCGGACAGGAAGUGGUGUGACAGCGAGAAGUACUUCUGGGUGCAGGGCGAGUCUAUUGCCACAGCUUCCUUACUUUAUCAAGCGACGAAGGACCCGAAAUACAUCGAGAAGUACGUCUGCCUCUGGCAGUACUGCUGGAAGCACUGGGUGGACCAUGAGCAUGGCGGUUGGCUAUGCUUCAAGAUGUCCCGCAGCAACGAGCGGACGAACGACGAGAAGGCGAUCGCUGGUGGGAAGUGUGACUACCACACGCUGGUCUCCUGUCACUUGGCCUCACAUGGAUCAGGUCAGGCCAAGGUCGGCGUCGUCCAGCGGACGGAGGCUCAAGAGCCGAUGGAGACCGUAAUCUUGGAGAAGACGAUCAUCAAGCUGGGCUCGCUCCUGGCGCUGGGAUUUGGCGAGGCUGGUGCGAACAUCGUCAGCUCCAACAUGGAUGGUGCCAACUCCGGGGUGAAUGCCAUGGUGGAAGGCUCCAUGGUCAACUGCAUAGUGGGAGUCGUGCGGAUUCUCAACUUCAGCACAGCGACGGAAGUGCUGCAGGGUAAGGUCAUGACAUUCGUGAACCAGAUAGCAGAGAUUGUUCAUGGCGUCGUUGACGAGUGCUGGGGCGCCGUCAACAAGAACGACGGUGACAAUUUCUUGGUCAUUUGGAGACUGGGGGACUUGACUGCCAAUGAGGUCCACCUCCGGCCGCCUGCACCAGCCUAG